UUUGUCUAAUUUGAAACUCUGACGCAUUUGAAUGAAAAGUAUAUUACUCAUCAAUCUUUGUUGUAUUCCUCUCUGCAUUUUGUUCCAGUUACUACGUGCAUAUUGGCAAUCAAACAAUGUAUAUUGAAAACAACAGGAGGAAGUUAUUUAUGAGACGUAAGGCGACUUGUAUUCGCGACACUUAUUCAAAAACAACAGAAUGUUAUGUUGAGGUAACUUCCUAAUGCGAUUCUCAAGGAACAGUGAUACAGUAUUCGUAUCUAGCUUUCCCUAUGGCUACAUGGUUUACGUUUUUUCAAACUCUUGGCUCUUUGGUAGGUCAUUAAAAAAAUCUUUACAACAAGGAACAGCUAGCACAAAAUGCUAAAACACUUGUCACUGGUUCUUCUUAUUUUCGCCCGAGGCACAUUUUUUUGUACUUUUUCAGCUAUUUUCCACCCCGAGGAAGGACCUAGCUAGGGCCGUGUUACUAUUGACGUUCCAGUAUUCACCUGAGCUGAGUUUUCUUGCUAUUUUUACAUCUGAAAAGACCAAAGUUUAUGUUCUCAGCCUUGCAUGUCCAUCAUGUGGCUGCGUAUGACUUUCUUCAUGCUAUGCACAACUGCUGGAGGAUGCACAGAUAUGUUCAACACAUCAGGCCUGCUGCUGGAAUUCAGGGCUGUUGAUUUUUAUGACAAAAUAAAUUCUGGGAAGAUGGUCUUUAUGUAUUUUGAGACCCAAGUCUCGCCAACUAUCUCGCUCUUCUUGGGGGAAUUGAAAAAGUCUGCAGAUGUUCUGAAAGAUUAUGGAAUACUCGUGGGCAAGAUCAACUGCAAAAAGGAGAUUGUUCCCUCAUACUGCAUGAAAGAAAAGGUGGAACACACCGCUUUUCUUUUCAGGGGUGGUAAGGAGUUCUUGAGUUUUGAUUUGGACACUGUGUUUGACGUCAACUCCAUUGUUUCUGAAGUCUUGUUUGCUAUUUUACGCGACGAGGUCAAGUACGUGCAUUCAGACGCCGACCUCUUUGUCAUGGAGAAGUCAGUCAGAGGGAAAAAGGAUAUCGUGCUUGCUUAUGUCAGCAGUCUGGGCACACAAGAGCACAGAUCAGUAAUGGAGACAGCUUAUGUGUACGGAUCCAAAUACCAGUUCAUCCUCAUAACUGGAGGCCCUGUCUUGAAGCACUUAGGUGUUCACAGAGCAUCUCCUUUGUCUCGAGUAUGGUUCCUCCACUGCAGGGCUCCCAACUCUGAGCGCUGCCCUCUGACACCUAUGAGGACACCACUGUCAACACUAAACCUGCACACCUUCCUGCAAAUCAUGGAGGCUCCACUCUUGUCAGAAGUAUAUGAAGACCCCUCUGCUGUUCCAAGUCCGCAGUUUCCCUACCAACAGAUCCCCCAGGUCUUUCUGUUCUCACAUUCCGAAACGGAGCAACUAGAUCGGGACACGGCUGACACUCUGGCCUGGAGGCUGCGUGGCCUCGCCCUACUGACGCUAGUGCACAGGAAGAGUCCUAUGGUGAAAACGCCUGUUGAAUAUAACGCUGCUUACAGGCUGCCAGACAAGGGGUCUGAGGUUAAGUAUUUAACCUUAGACAACCUGGAUGAGCUCUUGGACCUCUUCCUCUGUAAUGAGGGAGAUGAAAUCCAAGAUGAGGAGUUGGAGGAGGAAGAGUGUAAUAUUGAGGAAGAUGUGUCUAAUGGGGAGUUAGAAGACGAGAUUGUGGCAUCUGUCUAUGUGAACCGAGGCCACGUGGUGCACAUGGCCUCCAUUACCCAACUGACGUCUGAUGACUUCGCCGACACAGUAGUUCAGAGUGGCCUCACGGUGGUGCUUUUCUACCUCAAAUGGGACGCCGUUUCAAUUGCCUUCCUCAGGUCGUUUACAGAAGUGGCAGAGAGGCUUGCAGAUGCUGACAUUGCUGGUGUUACCAUGAGCGCAGUGGAUUGUGGAGAAUGGACAGACCUCUGCGCUGCUCAGCCUGUCGGCUCUCUCCCAGUCUCAUUCCAGCCCAUCACUGCCUUUCCAAGUGUCCUGCUGCUCCGCCCUCGGGAGCCAAUUCAGGAGUACAGGGGAAUGUUGGGAUGUGAGCCGCUGCAUCGCUUCAUUUUGCUGAGCCGCCCGGCGUCCCCCCAGCUACUGUCUACUCACCAGGAAGUGACAUCAUUCCUUCAUGGAGCGCCUCAUCCUGAGCUAACGGGCUACUACCCUGACAGAGUAGUUGGACUAUUUAGGACGCAUACACAUUCAGGUGUGCCAGUGUUUAAUGAAGCAGCAAAGUCAUUGCAAGGGAAGGUGCUGAGCGCCAUGCUGACAGAUGUGUUGGCACAGGAAUGGGCUGCCGAUCUCGCUGUCAACCUUCCUGCAGUAUUAGUGUUUCCGUCUUGGAGGGGACACUCCCGGCCCUCUGUGUUGUCCCUGUUCGUCUCCGUGGAUAACUUGGUCUCCCAUAUUGAAGCGGCACUGCUGCAUCCUUUGCCUGAGUUGACAGUGGAAAACCUGCCAUCCUUCCUCAACCUGGGAAAAGCCCUUCUCCUGCUGUUUGUUGGAGAAGAGGAGGACGAGAUUGGACUGAAGCAGAACAAGGUGCUGCUGGAGGAAAUGAGAGACAUGUUGGAAUUGGGAGGCGAGAGGAUGGAGCGCUACUUGACCUGCUGGAUCCACCUUGGCCGUACUCCAGCUGGGAUGUCAGUACUGGGCUCUUAUCUGGGUUCUAUGCCCCCCCUUCCUGCACUGGUUCUCACUCAUUUGCCCUCAGGACAUGAAGUUUACGAGUACCCACCCAACACACCCAUCGUGGCCGGGUCUGUCUUGCAGUGGCUGCAGAGGGUAGAGGAAGCCAGAGAGUCUCCUGCAGGGAUGUUAAGGAAAGAUGACUGGCCUCCCUCUUCGGAGUUCUAUGACUUUCUGAAAAUCAUGGACGAUGAGGAGCCUGGCUUUGCUAAGCAACGCGUUUCCAAAGAAAGGAACGAAGAAGUGGAGGAGGGUACUCCUCAAUCAGUGUGCAAAUGGAGCAGAUGCUACUCUGGCAUGAGUGGCCAGUCCGUGGCAGGCCGUGCUUUCUCAGAAGCCGCAGGAAGUAUAUCCUCUGCUGGGCCUUUUUGAGGACGGAGUUGAUGUUGGUCGCCCACUUCAGGUCCUGAGAGACUGUAAUUCCCAGGAACUUGAUGGUCUCGACAGUUGACAGAAGGCAGCUGGACAACAUGAGGGGCAGCUGUGGUGAAGUAUGCCUCCUGAAGUCCACGAUCAUCUCUACGGUCUUGAGCGUGUAUAGUCCCCGAUUGUGUCGGCCGCACCACAGCUCCAGCCGCUCCACUUCCUGUCGAUAUGCAGACUUGUCAACGUCCUUGAUGAGGCCGACGACAGUGGUGUCAUCUGCGAACUUCAGGAGUUUGUCAGCCGGGUGCGCUGAAGUGCAGUCGUUCGUGUGGAGAGAGAAGAGCAGCAGAGAGAGGACACAACCUUGGGGCUCCCCAGUGCUGAUGCUGCGUGUGGAUGAGGUGGCCUCCCCCAGCCUCACCUGCUGUGUCCUGCCCGUCAGGAAGCUGUAAAUCCACUGCCAAAUGGCAGGUGAGACGCUGAGCUGGAGAAACUUGGAUGAAAGGAGUUCAGGGAUGAUGGUGUUGAACGCUGAGCUGAAGUGCACUGUCGAGAUGUUCUAGGAUAAAGUGCAGUCCCAUGUUGACUGCAUCAUCCGCAGACCUGUUCGCUCGGUAGGCAAACUGCAGGGGGUCCAGCAGGGGACCUGUGACGCUCUUGAGGUGGUCCAGCACAAGACGUUCAAAGGACUUCAUAACCACAGAUGUCAAGGCGACAGGCCUGUAGUCAUUUUGACCCGAGAUUGUAGGUUUCUUGGGGACUGGAAUGAUGGUGGAGCGUUUGAGCAUGCAAACUCCACACAGGCGGGGACCCCGGUCCUCAGAACUGUGAGGCAGAUGUGCUAACCAGUCGUCUACUGUGCCGCCGUAAUGCAUGAUUAUUAUUAUGAUUAUUAAGUGUUCAAUAUAAUUGGAUGUCAAUGACCUACGGGGUCCCUCACGGGUCAGUUCUUGGGCCCCUCCUGUCCAGCCUCAGUAUGUUACCAUUGGGUCAAAUUCUUCAGAACCUAAAUGUUGACUAUCAUAGCUAUGCAGAUGACACACAGUUAUAUCUAGCAGUGUCUCCAAAUGACUACCGUUCAAUUGAGGUGUUGUGUCACUGUCCAAACAGAUACAAAACUGCUAAAGUUUUCUUCAAUUACCAUAUUUUCACGACCAUAAGGCACACUUAAAAGUCUUAAAUUUUCUCCAAAAUGGACGGGGCGCCUUAUAAUGCGGCGCGCCUUAUGUGUGCACCGAGUUCCAAAAUCUGUAAAUGUUGUGUGACUUUAAUGAGCGCUCCGCUUGACUGACUGGGAGCAUUUCCUGCCGACACGCUGCUUAUGUAGAGGAAGGUGGACGUGACUGAGGACAGCAUGCGGACGUAAAGGGGAAGGGUGUACGUGACAGAGGAGGCUAAAGACACGCCCCCAGUAGGUAUAUUGUUCCGGUAUGUGCAUCGGUUUGGCUAAGGACCCCCGAAAACGGAGCCUACGAAGAGACACGCUUACGAAGCACAGUUUAAAGUGCAAGCUAUUAGUUACGCGGCGGAAUAUGGGAAUCGAGCAGCCGCAGCCGGGAGAGAAUUCAAGAUCAACGAAUCCACGGUUCGCAAGUGGAGGAAGCAGGAAAACGAGCUUCGCCAAGUCAAGAAGACAAAGCUGAGUUUCCGCGGAAACAAGGCGAGGUGGCCCGAGUUGGAAGACCAACUCGAGCAAUGAAUUAAUGAGCAAAGAACAGCCGGGAGAAGCGUCUCUAGAGUCCCCAUUCGACUGAGGGCAAUAACUCGGAACUUGCCAUCAUUCCGGGAGGCUUGACGAACCGCUGGACAUCCGUGUAAACAAGGCGUUCAAAGUGAAGUGAGCGGCGUGGGAGCCAUGGAUGACAGAUGGCGAACACAGCUUGACUACGACUAGGAGGCAGCGCCGGGCGAGUUACGCCACAAUAUGUGAAUGGAUUGUGGAUGCUUGGGCUAACGUGUCUGCUUGCACUGUUGUUCGAGCUUUCAGAAAAGCUGGCAUCAUUUCUGCACGGCAACGAGACUGACUCGAACCUGGCGUGUUUGAUGGAGAACUUGCCCAACUGUUCAUUUCGGAUACAGAAGAUGAGGACUUUGAUGGAUUUGUGGAUGAGGAUUGAUCGAAAAAUAACUUGAGUACAUUGUUAAAUACUUCAAUAAAGUACAACCGAACUCAGUUUUGCUCCCGCUGCCUUUUUAAAAACAUUGUUUUAGCGUGCAUGAAUGCUACCGUAUGUUUUAAGAUAGCGUAUGUUUUACCAUGCCUGCGACCAAUAAUACGGUGCGCCUUAUGUAUGCGUUAAAUACAGAAAUAGGCCCCGUAACUGAGACUGCGGCUUUUAAUGCGGUGCGCCUUGUGGUCGUGAAAAUACAUAGUCGCUCCCUCUAAAAACCAAAGACCAAGUCUUAAACCUUGGUGUUCUGAUAGAUUCCGACCUGACUUUCAACAGUCAUAUUAAAUCAGUCACUAAAACUGGACUCCCUCAAAAGAGCAUUAAACCGAUGCAGCCUACGCAGAAUGCUGCAGCUCUGGUUCUGACCAUAACAAAGAGAUCAGAACAUAAUACUCCAAUUCUAAAGUCUCCACACUGACUCCCAGUCCAUUUUAGAAUAGAUUUUAAAGUGCUGCUAUUGGUCUAUAAAUCACUAAAUGGGUUAGGUCCUAAAUACAUGAAAGAAAAUAAACCCAGUAGGGGUCUGAGAUUUAAAGACUCAGGUCAAAUAGUGGCGCACAGAGUACAAAGCAAACAUGGAGAAGCAGCAUUUAGCUGUUAUGCUGCACACAAAUGGAAUAAGUUGCCAACAGAAGUGACGUCAGGCCCAAGUGUGCAUGCUUUUCAGUCCAACUUAAAAACUCUCAGGCUUUUUAGAGCAUUUCCACUUUGAAAUUGUGUUUC